GUGGAAAUCCGCAUCGAAGCGAUUGCAGCCGCUCAACUAGAGAGGAACAAGGGAGGAAAAAAUACACGAAGGCAGAUUCCAUGCGAAGAUAUCUCGAUUCGCUUCCCCAUUCCGGAAGCAUGGAUUUACAUCUUUAGGGAAGAACGGCAUUGGGGUGUUGGGUCGAACCUAAAGGAUCGGUUACUCGGAGCAGUACAGUCUAGCGAACCGAAUCUAAUAGAAUGUGCUAUUGGAGAGGCGAAGUACGAGCAUGUUUAUCGUUCACUUGUGUGGAGAAUAGCACGAAUUCCCGAAAAGCAUCAUGUAGCCUAUAAGUCACAUGUACUGAGAUGCCGAUUCGAGUUGUCGUCGUUCGAUAUGAUGCCGGACGCAUUCUUUCCACGUUGCGAAGUUGAAUUCACUAUGCCGUUGGCCACCGUUUCCAACACGGUGGUACGGUCAGUCACUGUCGAACAGCACGAAGAUUCGAGCAGAGUAGAAAAAUUCGUGCGUUAUGUCGCUAAAUGUCAGUAUAAGGUGGAAAUCGACUAUAUACAGUGUGCUGAUUUCGAAGUUGAUACAUUAAACCCAGCAGUGAACCCGGAUGUGCUAAUGAACACCGUACCGGAAAUGCAUCAACCGGCUUUCCAACCAGCUGAAGUCGAACAAGUGCAUGAAGGGUGA